AUGUCCAUCCGCCAAUGGAAAGCCGCCAUCUGCCAAUCCGAACCCUGCUGGUUCGACAAAGCCGCCGCAAUCACCAAAUCGCUGCAUCUCAUCUCCGAAGCAAAACAAAACGGCGCUUCCCUCAUCGCCUUCAGCGAGGUCUGGGUCCCGGGAUACCCAAAUUUCCUCUGGUCGGGAAAUUACAAAGAGAACAUCCCGCUCGUGCAGAAAUACAUGGCAAACAGUAUCUCCGCCUACGGGGAGGAGAUGCUAGCUAUCCGCCAGGCUGCCGCGAAACACAGUAUAUAUAUUGUCUUUGGGUUCAGUGAGCGCGUUGGCUCGAGUCUGUACCUUGCCCAGGUCAUGAUCGGGCCGGAUGGGAAUAUCCUCCUGCAUAGAAGGAAAACGAAGCCUACGCAUGUUGAACGAACGCUGUUUGGAGAUGCAACGGGCGAUUCUCUCACCACCGUCGUGGAUACACCGCUAGGUCGUAUUGGGAUGUUGAACUGCUGGGAACACCUCCAGCCGCUCCUGAAAUACCACACCUACUCGCAAGGCGAACAAGUGCACAUCGCGGCCUGGCCCUUCAACGGCGAAUACAGCGGCGGCCCCGAGCCCUACUCCGUCUCCCGCGAAGCCAACGAAGUAACCGCAAGUCGGAUGUACGCAUUAGAAGGCGGGGUGUUCGUGCUGUGCACAAACCAGGUGUUAUCAGCCGCCGGGGCCAAACUCAACAGCGAAGGCCAGGCCGGCGCAUCAAAGGGCAGCUUCAUGCUCAGCGGCGGCGGCGGGUGCGCUUCUGUCUUUGGGCCUGAUGGGAGACAACUCACCGAGGCUGCGGAUCCGAACUUUGAUGGCCUGAUUUAUUGCGAUAUUGACCUAGAUCAGAUUGAUUAUGCGAAGCAUUUGACGGACCCCGUUGGACAUUAUUCGCGCCCGGAUCUGUUGAGGCUUCUUGUUGAUGACCAGCCGAAGCACCAUGUGGUUAGGGUUAAUCCGGAUGGGCCUACGGAGACCACUUAUGCUGCUGCGGAUAGUGGGAGGACUUUGUUGUCUACUCAUCUGUCGCUGGAUGUAUUGCUUGCUGAGGAGGGUAAAUAA